UUGAGUGCAGUUACAGUGAAACAAUAGGCGAUCCGUAACUUACGUUGUCGUUGAACGGAGCACGUUCCCUCACUCUUCUCCGAAUUUUUUUCUCUCUUUUUCUUUCUCACAUAUAACAUAACUACUUCCUCCAAAUUCUUUUCUUCUUCAAUUCAAGUCACACCCUCUUUCAGAGGUAUUUUGUUGCUGGUCCUGUGUGGAAAAAGCAAUGCGCUAGUGUAAUUAUGCCAUUUAGUAUGUGGUGGUUGCUUUGCCAAGGUUUCUAUGUAAUUCUUUGUUCAAAAGGAACUGCGCUUUGGUAUAUAAUUAUACAUGGGAUAAAUCCAUAGGUUGUAGCUUCUGACUCAUUGAAUGAAGAAUUCUUGAUCAAAUAACUGCUUUAGUUGUCAUAGUUGAAUUCAAAUGAAGACGGGCUCCAUGAUUUUUUCAUUAUUAAAUCUACCUAGAUGUAGAAUACAAAGAUUAGCUAAUUACUGGGGAGAAACCUUCCACAGUUUCAGUACGACUAGUGGAAACAAUUCUAGCAUCAGGCCGGUUGGUUAUAGAGUUCAUGGUCUUCAGGGAGGACAGAGAAAGAAGUGGACAAGACCUAUAUCCACAAAUUCAGAAGGCAAGGGGAGCACCAAAUCAAAAAGUAUCAAGCAUGAAAUUUUGAGUGAAACCAUUGUAGCAGGUGCUACAGUAGAUGUAAAUAAAACACAGCUAGAUCAGUUCCAGGAAAUUCAGUACCGUGACAUACAACAAGAGAUUGCCGAGAAUAAAGACUUGUCUAGUUUAGUUACUGUUAUUGUUUUUGAUAUCGAAACCACAGGGCUUAGCCGAGAGAAUGGAAGGAUUAUUGAAAUUGCACUUCGAGAUCUUCAGGGUGGUGAGAACAGCACUUUUCAGACUCUUGUCAACCCUCAAUGCAAAGUUCCUAAUUCACAUAUUCAUGGCAUUACUACCGAGAUGGUCAACAAACCUGAUGUUCCAAGGAUGGAGGAACUCAUUCCUAUUUUGUUGCAAUAUGUUCGAAGUCGUGAGAAGCCUGGGGGAUAUGUGUUAUUUGUUGCUCAUAAUGCUCGUAUUUUUGAUGUCCCUUUCAUCAUCAACGAAUUCCGACGUUGUUCUCAGAACAUUCCUGGUAAUUGGUUGUUCUCAGACUCCGUGCCUUUAGGACGUGAACGAAUGAAAUGUGAAGGAACUGAACUUUCUUCAUAUAAGCUUUCUGCCCUUCGUGACUUCUACGGAAUUAAAGGGGGUGGACCAGAUCACAGGGCCAUGGAAGAUGUGAACACAUUGUCCUUGAUUCUUCCCAGGCUGACCCGUGAUCUGAAAUUAACCCUAUCUUCUCUUGUCGCAAAAUCAUUCAAAGAAUCAGAUAUUAUCAACUCCAACUCCAAGAAGAAGAAAAAUUCAGACUAGUUUUCUGCCUGCAUUUUGCACUGAUGUUGUGACAAUAAUUAUUGUGACAAAAAAAUGGACUCUAGAUUUGUACUAAAAGGUAAAAGGAAAUUUGUAAUUGUUGACUUGUUAUUAAUGGAAUCUCACCAAUUGGUACCAA